AUGAAACGAAAAACGCAGAAUAGUAUAAAACCGUUCAGCAAUGAAGUUUUAGAGGACUUCUUUAAUAAAGUUUCUCGUCCCUGGGUUCAAUAUUUCUCUAACCAAUCCGAACAAAGUCACCAAUCUAAUCACUUUUUGUUGAAACCUUUUACUAAAUCUGAAUUAGAUUUCGCUCUUAAAAAUUGCAAUAAUACCUCCCCAGGGCUAGAUCAAAUCAAAUACCCUAUGUUAAUCAACCUACCAAGAGAUGCUAAAGAUCUACUGUUACAGGUAUUUAAUGAUAUCAUUCAAAAUAACAUUGUCAUUGAUUCAUUUAAAAACGCCAUUGUUGUUCCUAUCAUAAAGUCCGGUAAAGAUCCAAAUGUUGCAAAUUCAUACAAACCAAUAUCGUUACUUUCCUGUGUUUUUAAAACUCUAGAGAGACUCAUAAAAUUAAAAACUUAA